AGCAGAAGGAGCGUCAGCGCGCAGUCGUCGCACAAGGACGCUGACCGCAAGAAGACAGAACGUCGGCCGCGCAAGUCGCUUCAAGGGCCUUUCGUGCCGGGCAUGAACACGCUCGAUGAUGCGAAGGCUGCCGAGUCAUCCGCCCAGUCUCUGAGCAGAAUGCCGUGGUUGACGAAGAGCCCGCCUGGAAAAGGCUCGCCGCUCAUCAAGGACCCGCCCGCCGUCAAGGCUCCGCUGCCCGUCAAGGCCACCACGUUCUACCACGCUUCCGAUUCUGCCGCGAAUCGGCGAAGCAACGCACACGUGGAUCAGCCUCAGUACCGCAAUGCUUCGGGCAGCGCUGCUGCUACCCGCCGAGCGAACGCCGAGCCGAUUGAGAUCUCCGACGAUGAACACGAGGCUGCGCCCAUCGCCUCUGCGAGUAGCAGCAAGCCGCAGGCAACAGCUGGCGCGCGCCGCGAGAUGAGUGCAUCGGAUGGAGCAGCAUCGGCACAGGCGCGCCUCGCGUCCGAGAUCAGCACGGCGCCGAGUAUCGAGGCCGUCAAGCCGAAGGCCAAGACUGUGAAUCCCACGCUGCAGGACGCGGACGGUCACGACGACCCAUUAGAUUUUCUGGUCGCCGUGUCGCCGCGGCCUGCCGGCAUCGCUGCUCGCCUACAAUCGAAGACGAAGCAGACGGCCGCCGCAUCGUCUGCGCUAGGUGUACCGGCACAAAGGACGCUCCAGAGUCCGAAGCCUGGAGCAAGCGCAUCGAAAGUGGCCAACGUCUCGAUCAAGGACAAGCGCCACUUCACAGUGCCGAUCCUGCGCUGGCUCGUCGGCGACGUCGGGAAGGUCACUCGUGAUCAACUCCCGCGCCUGCAAUGCCGUCCCGACCGUCUUGAGAUUGAAUGGCGCACGCAGAACGACCAGAAGGCAGUUAUUACGAUUCUGGCGGGCCAUCUCGCUACGAUCGAGUAUGGCGGUCCCGCGUCCCCAUUUCUCAUGCUCAACCUCGAUCAUGCGAGCAAGGCCAACCAUGAGCUGCGCCAGCAUUUCCUUGAAUGGGACGAGAGUGCGUUCAGAAGCCGGCUCGGGGCGCGCGGCCAUAGCUGAACCACUCGCAUCGCCGCAGACUCGUCGAACACUAAGCACACCUUCAUCUUCGACCGGGAAGAGGACGCUACUGUGGACAACUGGCCCACGGUCGCCGAGC